CAGCGGCAGGAGGACUGCGUCGUUUUGUUGUCUGCGUCUGGCGUUCCUGCAGCUCGGGCAGCUCGGGGCUGGGGAGUCCCGGGUUCGGGACCCGGGGACCCGGGGACGCCACCGCCCGCGGCCAGGACCCGAUCUCGCGGUCCCGAUGGAAAGUUUGAUGAAUGGGGCGAGCUAAGCCGGCCCGUGCCGCGGCCCCCCAUCCCUGGCCCCGGGAGCCGGCGCCGGCUCGGACACCCCCCGAAAGCCGGGGGGACCCUCCUCGGGAUCCCGGCCGCAGCCGCGGGGCCCUGGCCGCGGCGUCCAACUUUUAGACGGGAAGGACUGCUUGGGUGCCGGGCCCGGAUCCGCUCCGAAGACAAGCGCACUUGAUUCUUUGCCUUUUUUCCCCCCCCAUUAUCCGGGAGAGGGCAAAGGUGGAGGGCGGGCCGGGGCAGCCGGCGGGGGGCAGGCGUCGCGGCUCGGGCGCUGAAGAACGGCACUGCUGGCGCCCAGGGGCGUGCGGAGGAGGCGGUAAACACGCCCGCACCCCGCACUCGCGGCUCGGACACAAGCGUACUCCCGCGCACCCAGCGCCGGGGCCAUCCUUCGGCGAGACCGGUUUAAUAAUAAAGCCCGGAGGGACGGAGCGCGCCGGGGCUGCGCGGAGCAGGAGCAGCUCAGGACUCGGUCCCCGAAGGAGCCGGUGGUGGCCCGGAGCCCAGUGACAGGGUCUUGGCGCUCCUCCGGGACUGAACGUGGCCACCCGCCCAGCAGGAUGGGCCGGGACUGAAUCCCUAAGGCAGAGCCUUCUAUUGCCCAGCCAGAAGUUCCUUGGAUUGAAGGCCAGCGGAGGGAAAUCAUUGAUUCUCCAACGUCCCCGAGGAGGGGAAAGUAAAUUGGGAAAGCUGCUGUCCUGCUCUCUGUAGCCCGGCGGGCCAUGGUCUGCCAGGGCUAGCCCUCUGUCUUCUCUCACCUCCCUCUUAGCCGGCCCCAGCGCCAUGGAUGACUACGACAUCCGAUCGGCCGCCAGCAUCCUGGCCUCCGUGAAGGAGCAGGAGGCGCGCUUCGAGCGCCUCACACGCGCCCUGGAGGAGGAGCGGCGGAACGUGUCCCUGCAGCUGGAGCGCGCGCACCAGCCCUGCGAGCAGCCCCGGGCCAGCACGUGCACCAUUGGCAACGGGCAGCCGCUGGCUACCGCCUGGCAGCAGCUGGUGCUGCAGGAACAAAGUCCAGGCAACCAGACGUCCCUGGCGAUGAUGCAGGAGCCCCAGGAGAUGGUCGAGGAGACGGUGACCGUGGAGGAAGACCCCGGCACGCCCACGUCCCACGUGUCCAUCGUCACGUCCGAGGAUGGCACCACCAGGAGGACGGAGACCAAGGUCACCAAGAUGGUGAAGACGGUGACCACGAGGACGGUGCGCCAGGUUCCGCUGGGCCCCGACGGGCUCCCGCUCCUGGACGGCUCGCCGCCCCUGGGCAGCUACACCGACUCCAUCGACCGGCGCUACCUGAAGAACGGCGAGCGCUUCCUCCCGCCCCAGGCCUCCUCCACCCUGACCCGCUCCUACAACAGCUACGGGGAGGGCCCCGACGGGCCCUACCGCCCCUUCCACGCCCACGACGCCGGCGCCGGCUACGGGGGCGCCGAGCUGCCCGACGGCUACGGCAGCCUGUCCCGCGGGGUGGGCUACCGGCCCCGCUACGCCUACGUCCCCGGGAGCGGCUACCGGCCCGAGGACGGCAGCUACACCCUGCCCGGCCGCAGGGAGGCCUACGGGCCGCCCGGGGCCCAGCCCCAGGCGCCCCCCGGGGGCGGCGGCCCCGACCUCACUGUGGGCGGCCGCUCCCAGCCGGAGAGGUUCCAGCCCGAGCCCUACGGGCUGGAGGACGACAACAGGAGUCUGGGCGUGGACGACGAAGGCUACGAGCUGGACCCGGACUACUCCACCGUGAACCGGCGGCUGCCCGUGGGGGUCCCCGAGAGAGGCCGGCCGCACAAGGGCAGAGCCUACGAGGAGCCGUCCGAAAGCGAGAUGAUCGACGAGCGGAUCCCCUACGUCCACGGCGGCUACGCCGCCCCGCUGGCGCAGCCCGAGAGGGGCAGCAUGGCCAGCAUCGACCGCCUGGGCAAGCGCUCCCCCUCCAUCGACAGCAUCCGCAAGGACCCUCGGUGGCGGGACCCGGACCUGCCGGAGGUGAUCGCCAUGCUCAGCCACCCCAUCGACCCCGUCAAGUCCAACGCGGCCGCCUACCUGCAGCACCUGUGCUACGAGAACGACAAGAUCAAGAAGGACGUGCGCCACCUGAAGGGCAUCGCCAUCCUGGUGGGGCUGCUGGACCACCCCAAGGCCGAGGUGCACCGGCGCGCCUGCGGCGCCCUGCGCAACAUCUCCUACGGCCGCGACCACGAGAACAAGGUGGCCAUCAAAGGCUGCGACGGCAUCCCCGCCCUCAUCCGCCUCCUGCGCAAGACCAACGACAUGGAGGUGCGGGAGCUCAUCACCGGGACGCUGUGGAACUUGUCUUCCUAUGAGCCCCUCAAAAUGGUCAUCAUCAACCACGGCCUGCAGACCCUGACCAACGAGGUGAUCGUCCCCCACUCGGGCUGGGAGAGCGAGCCCAACGAGGACUCCAAGCCCAGAGAUGCCGAGUGGACCACGGUCUUCAAGAACACGUCAGGGUGCCUCAGGAACGUGAGCUCAGAUGGGGCAGAAGCGCGCCGGCGGCUUCGGGAGUGUGACGGGCUGGUGGACGCUCUCCUCCACGCGCUGCAGUCCGCCAUCGGCAAGAAAGAUACCGACAACAAGUCGGUGGAAAACUGCGUGUGCAUCAUGCGGAACCUGUCCUACCACGUGCACAAGGAGGUUCCGGGCGCUGACAAGUACCAGGAGCCCGAGGGCAGCCAGGCCGCCAGCACGGGGGCGCUGCCCCGCAGGAAGAAGGACGAUGCCAGCUGUUUCGGGAGCAAGAAAGCCAAAGAGGAUUGGUUCAGUCAAGGAAAAAAGAACGGAGGCGUGGACAGGAACUUCGACACCCUCGACUUACCCAAGAGAUCAGAGUCUGCCAAAGGCUUCGAGCUGCUCUACCAGCCCGAGGUGGUCCGUCUCUACCUGUCCAUCCUCACCGAGAGCCAGAACUUCAACACCCUGGAGGCCGCGGCGGGGGCGCUGCAGAACCUGAGCGCGGGCACCUGGAUGUGGUCCACGUACAUCAGGGCCAUGGUGCGCAAGGAGCGGGGGCUGCCGGUGCUGGUGGAGCUGCUGCAGUCGGACUCGGACAAGGUGGUGCGGGCCGUGAGCAUCGCCCUCCGCAACCUCUCCAUGGACCGGCGCAACAAGGACCUCAUAGGGAGCUACGCCAUGGCCGAGCUGGUGCGGAACCUGCCGAGCCGGCAGCAGCGGACGGCCAAAAACCUGGAGGAGGACACGGUGGUGGCCGUGCUGAACACCAUCCACGAGAUCAUCACGGACAGCGCCGAGAACGCGCGCUCGCUGGUGCAGACGCAGGGCAUCCAGAAGCUGGUGGGCAUCGGCAAGUCCAGCCAGUCCAUGCGGGAGAUGAAGGCGGCGUCCCACGUCCUGCAGAUGGUCUGGAGCUACAAGGAGCUGCGCGGGGCCCUGCAGAAGGACGGCUGGAACAAGUCCCACUUCCAGUCGGCGGCUUCCACCCCCCCCAAGGGCUCCAAAGGGACUUCGGGCAAGUCCGGCUACGACGACAGCACGCUGCCGCUGGUGGAAAAGACGCACGAUAACGAGAGGUGUGGGAGCCGCGACAUGAUCCCAAUGGAUGAGCUCGGCCCAGAUGGCUACUCCACCAUCGACCAUCGGGAACGGAAGUACCGCGCUGGGGACCCCGCGGGGGACGCCUCCGAGAAGGAGCCUUUGAAAACAGACCCGGCUAGAAAGCCCCCCCACAGGAGUAACCGGGCCUCGGUGAAUCUGGUGGACAGCCGGGACCCCAAGCCACCGCCCGUUGACUCCUGGGUCUAGCUUGCAUGCCUGGGCUAGAGUCCACCACUUGUUUGGGGGUUUCCCAAUUGUUUUUAACUCCGAAGAGCAUCGAUCACCCCGAGGAUUUCAUUUAUCGCCACUGCCAUCACCUUUGGAGGACUCGGGACCAGCCCCACAUCUGAUUGGGGGGGGGGCUCGGGAGGGGGCGGAGGGCCCACCUUCGGCGCCCCUCCCCCAGAGCCCCCAGCCUCAUCCCCCAGGAGUUUGCUUUGGAAACGUCAGUCCCCUUCCCCCGCCCGAGCCCCUCCCGUCGGGUCCCCCAGGCCCCUCCCCCUCGGCCCCGCCCCGCCCCCCCCCCCCGCCGGGUCCAACCCCCGGACCCGGCUCUUCCUUAAGCGUUCCCCUGCACGGGGCUGAGGGCCGGGCCUAGCGUUAGUCACAGAUAGCACUUUGCUUUGCCUCUGAACUGUGAAUUUAAUAUUUUUUCCUUUAAAAUGAAGAGUUUAUUUAGCUUUCGGACUAACACUGAGGCCGCGGGGUAGUCGCGGCCGGAGCGGGACGUCGGCUUUGGGCUUGUUGGACGUCACGGGCAGGAGCAAGUCGGAGGUGGGUUUGGGCGUGCGCACUGAGGCCGGCCUGGGCGCCGGGGUGGGCCCGGGGGCCGGCUUCGCCCCCGCCCCGAAGGGGAGGGGGAACGCGGGGUGGGGGAGGGCAGCUGCCGCCGAGAGCUCUGGCCCGGCCCGGCAGGGGGCGCAGUGGGCAGAGCCGAGGAGGGCACGUGCCAUUGACCGCGGGGCUUCUGGAAGCGGGAGACGGGGAGCGGGCCUUGGGUCCGGGCCCUCCACGAGGGGGAGCCGGGCCCCGGGCAAGGGGAGGACGGCUUUGUAGGGGGAGGACGGGGAGCCUUCGGGGGCCCCGGCCCAGAGACAGAGACCCCGCGGGGACCUGGGAGUCCAGCCCGGGCCGGGGCCUCGCGGCGCCGCCGUUUGCAGUUUGAAAAACAAACCUUAAAAACCAAAAUACGACUGUGUUAGCGAACGUGGAGAUUUUGUUAAAAAAAAUUAAAAAGAAAAAAAGCAUCCAGAGAACGUUGUAUCUUCUUGCGUGUAAUAAAAGAACGUGGCCCCACGUGCGGAACACACGCACACACCUGGCCCCGUGCAUGCUACGGCAGCGGGCGGAAGGAGACCCCAUCCCGGGGGCCAGGAGCCCGACCAGGAGCCGGAGGCCGCUCGGUGGCAGCGGGGGCGGCCCCCGGGACUCCCGCUCGCCAGCCCCUUCAUCCACGGCUGUUUACACUGGACGUCUUUUACCUGGCGACUUCUUUUUCUUGACUGGUCUGUAACCCUUUUUCCGGAUGAGAUCUUCAGAGACUCGCUCUCCUUUCUUCUUCGCGGUGGAAAGAACCCUGGGAGGAUCUGAGCUGGACAAGUCCCUUCACUGCCCCAAGCCUCAGUUUCCCCAUCUGUAAAAUGGGGAUUAUCAUAAUUACACUCCCUACCUCACAGGGGUGUUGUGAGGAAAGUGUAAACCUUAAAGCGAUAUCGAAAUAGGACCUGUUAUUAUUACUAUUCUGA